GUCUUGCUUUUGUUUUGCCUCGGGCUCGAGCAUCCCUCUCGUUACGAACGCGAACGUCAUUCCUCCCAUCCCCUUUUCUUCACGCGUAUCCUUUCGUAUCCAUGUAUCGUUGGACGUGUUUCUCGUCGAAAUAAAAGCGAGUCACUCGUAUGCUCUCAUUAACCGUAUGUGGAUAUACGAGAUCGAGUCGAUCACGUGUGACGUCGCGGCGGACGGUGUUUCGACCGAGUUUGUUUCGAAGUGAAGGGAACGGAAUGAGGAAGGGCUCGGUGAUCGACGAGGAGAUGGUUCUUCGAUCGGCUACACCUCGAUGCGAGUUCGGGAAACGAUCUUGAGGCGAUCGGAUGUGCAACGAGGCGCUACCAUCGAGGAUAACAAUAGGCCAGCUCCACAGCUGUGCUAGAGACACUUGAUUGGGCGAUUGCCACGAGCUUCCAUGAAGACACCGCACCUAGGCGACCAUGAAGACUGAUUGCCUGCCAAUAAUUGCCAAGUUGUGCGCGCUACUGACACUGUUCGGGCCCAGUCGCGAUGUUCGAGCACUCGAUAUACGGACGUGCAAUCAAUCCUUGGGGAUGGAGUCCGGCGACAUACCGGAUUCGGCCAUUACGGCCUCCUCGUCGUAUGUGACGAACGUCGGCCCACGAAAUGGCCGGCUGCGCAAGGAGACGGCCGGCGGCGCGUGGUGCCCCAAGAGCCAAAUAGAAAGAGGAAUUCGUGAGUGGCUGCAAGUGGAUCUUCCCGGUCCCCACGUGAUCACCGGUGUGCAGAGCCAGGGCCGUUACGAUCACGGCCGUGGCCAGGAAUACGUGGAGGAGUACACCCUCGAGUAUCGGCGACCAGGGUUCGCCGAGUGGCGGCGAUACAAGCGGUGGGAUAACAAGGAGGUGCUGGCUGGGAAUACCGAUACGUCGACGGUGGUGUCGCAUCGAUUGGUACCGGCGAUCUUCGCUAGCCAGAUUCGAAUCUUGCCGCACUCAGAGCACAGGCGCACCGUUUGCCUUCGGAUCGAGCUGAGGGGGUGCAAGGACACGGGUGGCGUGGUGAGCUACACCAUACCGGAAUCCCCGACAAUCGAGCUGAGCGACAUCUCUUACGACGGUAAAAGGCAGGACAACUUGUUGACCGAUGGUCUAGGCCGGCUGAUCGAUGGAGAGGUCGGCGCGGAUAAUUACAGGCUGGACAUGGGAGAUGGAAGAGGGACGGGAUGGGUCGCCUGGAUGCGCGACACCUUCGUUGACGAUUACGUGGAGCUAGUGUUCGAGUUCGAGGUAACCUGGAUCUUCGAGGCGGUCCACAUCUACACCAAUAAUUAUUUCUCCCGCGACGUUCAGGUAUUCUCGAAAGCGGACGUUUGGUUCAGCGUAGAUGGCGCCACCUACGAGGAGGAGCCAUUGUCCUACUCCUACAUACCGGAUCUCGUGUUGGAGAACGCGAGAAACGUCUCGAUAGGGUUGCACGAGCGCGAAGGACGAUUUCUCAAGAUACAUUUGUACUUCGCCGCCCGAUGGAUCAUGAUCAGCGAGGUGGUGUUCGACGGAACGAAUCCUUAUGAAAACACGACCGAGGAGUCAGCAUCCGAGCUCGGUAACGGGGAAAUUCCAAUGGACUCCGAGGUGGAUCUUGACUUGCAAACAAUUACAGUAGCGGGAGAGGGUCAGGAAUAUUUAGAGGUACUAAUAGGUGUUCUGACCGCCAUUAUCCUACUUCUCCUCGUGGUGUUCGCCAUUAUUCUCCUUCUGAAUCGACGGCAAAAACUUCAAAGCUCGCCGACCGUUCUGAAAAAUCCAUUUGGAUUCGCCAUAAACAUGAAGGGCCUCCUCCUAAAUUUAACCCCCGGUGGAAUGCUGACAGAGACUGCCAAUCACGUAUCGCCGGACAUGCCCGAGGACGGAAGUAUGCACGAGUCUUUGACAAUGGAACAAUUCAAUUCACCCCUUGUCAGCCCACAGUAUAAAUCUACGUACGCGAUAGUGGCCACUUCCGAAUCCCCCAAAGAGCUGAAGGACGUGAACGUCACGGAGGAGAGCGUGCGACUCGACACGAGGCCGGAAUCGACCGUGGGCCCGCCCAGUUGCUCCUCGUCGCCGACCAACUCGCCCGCACGCCACUCUCAACACUACAGGACCCUCCAAAGUUACACGAGUCCAACUGCGAAACUCAAUAUCGCGGCCACGUCUAAUCACCAGCGGGACGUCGAUCAGAUCCACUCGAAACGCUGGCACACAGCGCCUAAAGAGAAACACAAGAUACCCGCACCUGUCGUCAGCUGGAACAUCGCGCCCAGCAUGAACAAACCGUACAAGUGCAAGGAGAUAGAGCCCACCAAUAUACCCCGCCAGUGCCUACGUACCACGGAGAAACUUGGCUCGAGGAACAUCGGCGAGGCGAUAGUGUGCGAGGCGGUCGGAUUGGAGGACGCGGUGGCGGAUGCGCCAAGAUUGGUGGUUGCUCGCGUGCCCGCUUGCACGGGCGACAUACGGGGCGGAAGUACGGCGGACCAGAUAAGAGAGGUCCGAUUUCUGUCCAGCCUGUCCGACCCGAACGUGGCGCGGAUCCUGGGAGUGUGCGCCGUGGAACCAGUCCCGUGGACGAUCAUCGAGUACACGGAACUCGGUGAUCUCGCCCAUUAUCUCCAGUACAGUGUGCCACUUACGGGAACGCUUAGGCCGAGCUGCAAUUUGAAAGCCCUUAGCCAAAGUUGCCUGAUGUACAUGGGCGCGCAGAUAGCAUCGGGCAUGAGGUUCCUCGAGUCGAAGAAUCUCGUGCACAAAGAUCUGGCGGCCAGGAACUGUCUGGUGGGCCGCUCUUACACCGUGAAAGUGACCGACAUAGCGAUGUGCAGUGACCUUUACAAGAAGGAUUACAGUGAUAUAGGCGGCAGACCGCCGGCGCCAAUCAGAUGGCUGCCGUGGGAAAGCAUUCUGUUGGACAGGUACACUUGCUCGAGCAGCGUCUGGUCGUUCGCCGUCACUCUGUGGGAAGUGAUGAGCCUGGCCAGAGAGAAACCUUUCCAGCAUUUGACCAACGAUCAGGUGAUACAGAACGCGGAACACAUGUACUACGGGGCCGAGUUGCAGAUAUAUCUUCCAAAGCCCACAAUGUGCCCGGAGGAGGUCUACAGGAUGAUGUGCUCGUGUUGGCGGAGGGACGAGACCUCGAGGCCGACCUUCAAAGACAUUUACACGUUCCUGAAAAACAUAAUCUCGGACUAUCGACCUGGUGCAUAAAGAGACUCGGGUCCCGGUUAACUGUGAUACACAAAAAAAAAAAAAAAAAAAAAAAAAAAAAAAAA